UGCGGCGCAUGAGCAGGAGACUCGUAGGACCUCAUCUAUUAUGCUGCUUUGCUGAAAUAAAAGAAGACCUGGUAGGACGACUGCAAGCAAAACGCUGUUGGAGCUGCUGAGGGGAAAAAGGUCACAAGGUCUGGCUCUGAGAUGGGAUGCGGGUCCCCUUUGGGGAGUAAAGAGCACAAAGAGGAAUACAGAACCCAUUGAAGACAGGGGAAGUCACAGACAAAGAGAGUGACAGCAAUCCCGAAAGGAUGUCAGCAGUCACCUCGGCCAUACAGGCUCCGCAGCCUGGUGUCAACCCCCCACCGCCCGAGGUCACCAACCCCAACAAGCCAGGCAGAAAGACCAAUCAGCUGCAGUACAUGCAGAACGUGGUGGUGAAGACCCUUUGGAAGCAUCAGUUCGCCUGGCCUUUUUAUCAGCCAGUGGAUGCCAUCAAACUAAGCCUCCCGGAUUAUCAUAAAAUCAUCAAGAACCCUAUGGACAUGGGAACUAUUAAAAAGAGACUGGAGAAUAACUACUACUGGAGUGCUAGUGAAUGUAUGCAAGACUUCAAUACCAUGUUUACUAACUGUUACAUUUAUAAUAAGCCUACCGAUGAUAUUGUCCUGAUGGCUCAGGCGUUGGAGAAAAUCUUUCUCCAGAAAGUGGCACAGAUGCCGCAGGAGGAGGUGGAGCUGCUCCCACCUGCGCCCAAGGGAAAAGGCCGGAAGCCAGCAGGAGCACCUAGCACUGGAAGCCAGCAGGUGGCGGCAGUGUCUUCAGUCUCUCCACCUCCAUCUUUUCCCAGUACCCCUCCUGCAGUCUCUCAGACACCAGUUAUCGCAGCAACUCCAGUGCCAACGAUCACGCCCAAUGUCACGCCUGUUCAGGCCGCUCCCCCUGCAGCUCCCAUGAUGCCUGUCGGUCCUCCAGCACAGCCAGUUGUCAAAAAGAAGGGCGUGAAGCGGAAAGCAGACACGACGACGCCCACCACUUCAGCCAUCACCGCGAGCCGUAGCGAGUCCCCCACCCCGCUGCUGGAACCCAAGCAGGCCAAAGUGGUUUCGAGGAGGGAGAGUACAGGCCGCCCCAUCAAGCCCCCCAAAAAGGACCUGGAGGACGGGGAGGUACCACAGCACGCAGGGAAGAAGGGCAAACUGAAUGAGCACCUAAAGUACUGCGAUAGCAUCCUGAAGGAGAUGCUCUCCAAAAAACACGCUGCCUAUGCAUGGCCUUUCUACAAGCCAGUUGACGCUGAAGCUUUGGAACUGCACGACUACCACGAAAUCAUCAAGCACCCCAUGGACCUCAGUACUGUCAAAAAAAAGAUGGACAGCCGGGAAUACCAGGAUGCUCAAGGCUUUGCAGCUGAUAUCCGAUUAAUGUUCUCGAAUUGUUACAAGUACAAUCCUCCUGAUCACGAGGUGGUGGCCAUGGCCCGGAAACUGCAGGACGUUUUCGAGAUGCGGUUUGCCAAGAUGCCCGAUGAGCCCGCUGAGCCAGCCCCUCCCCCUGCGCCGCCCGCGGCCCCAGUGGUCAGCAAGAGCACGGAGAGCAGCGAGAGCAGUGGAGACACCUCCUCCGACUCCGACAGCUCCGACUCCGAGGAGGAACGGGCCACCCGGCUCGCCGAGCUGCAGGAACAGGUGGGUUCGGAACAGCAAAUCACUCUGGAGCGCCCCAAUGGUAACGGGGCAGGAAAAAAAAACGGGUGUGCCAAACAUUUUCAGCUUAAGGCGGUCCACGAGCAGUUAGCUGCUCUCUCUCAGGCCCCGGUAAGUAAGCCAAAGAAGAAGAAGGAGAAGAAGGAGAAGGAGAAAGAGAAGAAGAAAAAAGACAAGGAGAAGGACAAGGACAAACACAACAAGGGGAAAGUUGAGGAAGAGAAGAGGGCCAAGUCAUCACAGCCGGCUAAACAAACACAGCAGAAGAAAGCACCUACGAAGAAAGCCAACAGCACAACUACCGCAACCAGGCAACCGAAGAAGGGGGCCAAGCCACCCGCUGCCACCUACGAGUCAGACGAAGAAGAAGAUUCAUUGCCCAUGACAUACGACGAGAAGAGGCAACUCAGCCUGGACAUCAACCGGCUGCCCGGAGAGAAGCUGGGCCGGGUAGUUCACAUCAUUCAGUCCCGAGAGCCCUCGCUCAGGGACUCCAACCCCGACGAGAUCGAAAUCGACUUCGAGACGCUCAAACCCUCCACCCUCCGCGAGCUUGAGCGAUACGUCAAGUCUUGUUUACAGAAAAAGCAGAGGAAACCUUUACCUGGCACAGGGAAAAAAAGUGCGAAGUCUAAGGAGGAACUCGCUCAGGAAAAGAAGAAAGAGUUAGAAAAGAGGCUGCAGGACGUGAGCGGACAGCUGAACAACAACAAGAAACCGCCCAAAAAAGCAGAGAAGGCCGGCUCCACUCCUGCUGGAGGCCCCUCUAGGCUGAGUGGGAGCAGCAGUUCUUCUGACUCUGGGAGCAGCAGUUCGAGUGGUUCCAGCUCAGACAGCAGCGACUCUGAUUAAAACACACACGCCGCAUGUCUUUUUUUCUUGUUUUAGUUCAUUUUUACUUUUUUUUUAAAAAAAAAAACAUUGUAUGCAGUCAUGGUUAUUUCCCUCUAGGACUUAUGUUUUAUAAGUCACAAAGAAGUAAAACAAUGUCAGAGAACAUUUAAAAUUUUUAUAAAUAUGAAAAAAGAAAAAAAAAACAUCUUGAGGAAACCUAGCUGAAUGAAAGUGUGGUGUUAUUGUGUCACUGGCCUUUAAAGGGAAAUGCCUAACAUUACCAGAACAAAAUUCUUACAGUUAGCAGUUUUUAUUACUUAAUGAAUUGGACAAAUGAAAAGGAGUAUAGGUCUUAUUUUGGGGGGCCCUGCCAGUAAGUUACGUCUGUUUGGAAAAUGUAUAUUAUAGUUACGUGUUUGUCAAAAGAUCCAACAAACGUUUUUUGUCAAGCUACAGCUGAACUUGGAGGAGUCUCUGGCUCAGUUUUGAAACUGGGAUGUUGUGCAGCCUUGUUGGGGAGGUAGGGAAGGGGGUAACUGAAACCUUGUCACAUUCCAUAAUCAUGAACAUCUGCCCGUGUGUGUAUAUAUCUCGAUACCUUUUUAUUUAUUUGACCUCCAAUUUAUUAUGUACACAAACAACAAAUAGUAUUUUUUAGUUUUUAAACACUUUUUAAAAGCAAAUACAAAACAAUACCAACUUAAAAUUGAAAGCCUUUUUUUAAUCUUAAAGGUGGUACUAUAUGGUAAUCUGUUCUUCUUGUUUUGGUGCUUUUUUAGGGUUCAGGAAAGUUAUUGGUAUAAAUACGUCGAUGACUGCCAAACAUGUCAACUAUUUAUACACUGUAAAGUGAAUCAGAAAAAAGAGGAACUAUUGCAGUCUGAAGUUGAUCACCAUGAAUAAAAGAUAAAAACUAAGACACUUGCAAUAAAAUAAUGAUUUCCUGUUUUAUUUCUCUUAAAGAUUAAUUUAGUUCCCCUUGGUACUUUCAUCAUUUUUUAAAGUAAAUAUGCCAGUUUUGUUUUCGCAUUUUAAUUUGUAUGUCUGUUUUGCUGGUGUUUUCUUUAACUUUGUUAUAUUAUCCUGUACAGAUUUUGUAGGACAAAUGUUGAACUUGCAUAUACUGUAUACUAAACUUGUGCUGCAUAUAGAAAUUGUUUCCCCUUUUUUCAAUGUCUGGAACUCCAGUAGCCUGUUAAGGUCCAUUCUGUAUGACAAUCAAGAGAAAUGCUUGUGCAAACUGUCCUUAAAAUAGUACAGUAGACUUAUAUACUUCAGUUGGCUUUCAACUGACUCUAUAGGAAAGCAGACAUUUGAGCAAAAUCUCUAACAUUGAAUAAUACAUAUAGUAAAGUGUUCCUAAUUAAAAUUAAAGUACACUGAAGGCAUUUUAAAAUGUAAAUUUUGAGUGGUUGAUAACUUUCUGUGUGACAUGAGGGCAGAACUAUUAAAUGUAUACCUUUUGUUAUCCAAUUUUCUACUUCCACUUCUUUCAGCAAUAUUAAAAUAGGGAAAUAGAAAGUCAUUACCCAUUUGUAAACUAUUUUCAUGUUGGGGAAAACUUUUGAAGGUAGUCUGCCAUGGUGUCAUUUAUUAGACUCUAUGAGAGGAGGCUGAACUCCUGUCUGAUUAACAAUAUGGUGUAAAUGAUUUUAAAACUCUGUUUUGGGAUAUUUCACACAAAAACCCUUCAGCUGUAUAAAAAUAAAUGAGAAUAUUGCAGUUUGUAAUAUAAAAGGUGUUUUCUUUUACAGUCAUAUAUUGGGCUUUGACUAUUCAAUCUACGAUUGAGUGACUAAUAACCAGAUCCCUUUGGCUAAUAUACAUCUAUGUGUUCUGUAAAGUUGUAGUCACAGACAUUAUCUGAAUCAGGCCAGAGCUUCCCAGCUGAUAAAAAAAGACUCUUUGUAUUGGGAAUUUAAUGUGUAUAAUUAGGGCCUUCCUGAUUUUAAAGACCUGUUUCCAAUUUGUUUGUGACAAAGUGUUUUGUAUGGAAAUGUAAUUUUCUGUUUAGAAAAUAGUGUUUAUAUAUUUUAUCCCCUGAACACAAUGAUAAAUUGACUUUUCCGGACUGAAUUUAUAUUCAGAAGCUAAACUGCCAAAUCAUUUGAUAAGGCCACUGUGAAGUAUGACUGACUUAGAACUGCCUUGAUGUGCGGUUUUGGACUAUUAUUAUUAAUUUUUUUGCUUGCAUUUUUUUAUUUCAUUAUGUUUUAAAUAGAAAAAAAAACUACAAAGCUCUAAGGGUCCCUGUUCUGUAAUGUUACAUUUUAAACUCACCACUAUUUACUGUGUUCUAUACCCAUUUCCUGUCUUUUUCUUCCAUGUCUUCAUUUCGUGUUUUAAGUAGUACCUGUUCAUAAACUGUGUUCUCAUCCAGUGCUACACAGUACACAGUGGAAGAAAUAGCAGCUAUAGCACAGCAGAAUGGUCAUAGGACGUGUGUGCCCAUUAGGCCUUGUGUUUCUGUAUGGCUGAGAAAUCAUGGCUGCCGCGCUAGGGAACAUUGAAUGUAAGACAUCCCGAAUGAUUAUGCUGUUAUUAUUUAUAAUUGUGGAAUUGUGCCCAACGAUUUACUUUAUACAGCAGGAAAAGACAGAUAUAUUGGUAAAUUGAAACCAGGGUUGGUUUAAUAUAAAACAAUUUGAAAAUUUGGUAAGCUGUUGGUGCUAUUAAAUGUAAAGCUGUGGGUUAACAUUUCUCUUAGUAUGUUAUCAUCUGAGUGGUACAUUGAGAUGUUCAACACUAGUACCUUCUUGGGUUUUGUUAAAAUGAGAUUCUUGAUUGGUCAGUUUAAGCGUAACAUGUUAAUCUGCACUAUAUGAAUUGGUUCCUUCACUGAAACAGCUGUCUAGAUCAUAAAGCAUGUGACCUACAUUCUUAAUGUGCGCAUUAUAAUUAUGUGGUGUAAAACACUGGUUUCAGAAUGUAUUUGUCUUUUGCCUCGUGAAUUUGUCGAAUAAUCCUCAACUGAAAUCCCAUUAUGGUAUCUUUAUGAUUUGUUAAAUUGUUUCAUUGGGUGAAUAGUUUAAGUUAAUUUUUGUAGCAUUAAUGUUUGAAUUGCAUUCUAAAGUUCCUCCAAAAUGCAAACCAUGAUGAAAUAACAGUUGAUUUAUGUGGUGGUUUUGGAUUUUAUUUGGCAUCACUGACCUGUAAAAGUCCCCAAAACUUCGUAUACAUUUUUUAUACUUAAAGCAAUGUUCACUUAUACAGAUCCGUCUAGGUUUCUGUAGUGAGUGAUAUAACUAGAGCUGAAAGACUGAAAAAAAUAUAUAAAUAUAUAUAUUCACCACUUUUUAGUUGAUUUUUAGGCCCUGAUCCAGAUAUAAUAGUUCUUUUUAUAUUUUAAAAAAAGACAAAAGUUUACUUUUUAUGUAUGAUGUGCAUGCAGGUUUAUUGUAACUUUCUUAUACCUUUUUUUGAGCUGUUUAUAGUAUCUUCCUGUAAAUGUCAGUCAUUGGAAAAGAAAACAAGGAUUCAGUGUAAGUAGUUUUAGGCUUGUUUAUUGCAACACUGGCCUGUGAGCCAAAUGUAGGGAGGGUUGCGGGAGGGGGGGGGAAGGGAGAAUUAGAAGCUAAUAUUUGAUGUAACUGCUAACCAGGGUCCCUGUAACUCACAUGGGGCUUGUUUUGUUUUUCGUAAAUAAACAACAAAAAACGUGAAA